AUGGCUCUCCCUGCAAGCAAUGGGAAAACUAUCCUAAUAACAGGAAUCAAUGGCUACAUUGCAAGCGUUCUUGGACAGCUCCUCCUUAGCAAAGGGUACUCUAUCCGAGGCACAACUCGUCGCACCGUAGCUUCAGAUCCGCUUCUAAAAGGCCCAUAUGCUCUUUACAAAGACCGAAUCCAGAUCUAUGAGGUUCUAGAUAUGACUUCCACGGGAGCCUUUGAUGAAGCUGCUAAAGGUGUCCAUGGAAUUUUCCACGUUGCAUCUCCAGUCAGCUUUUUCCUUAACAGCUAUGAGGCCACUGUCGUUCCUGCUAUGAGAGGCACUGAGACUGCUAGAUAUAUUUUCACUGAAAAAGACUUUGCUCAUGUUGCCUUAGAUAUAGCUACCGAGAAUAAGGCUGAAGGGAUAAAGACCCUAGCAGGAAUUUUGUACUCGGCAAGCAAAACUGCUGCCGAGAGAACCGUGUGGAAGUACAGGGAAGAGCAUAAGCCACCGUUUGCAAUCUCAACAGUAAACCCAAGCGUGGUGAUAGGCCUACCAAUAAUCAUGCCAGAUAGUGGAUCAAAGCUGAACGAGACUCUCCUACUGAUAUAUAACAUUCUCUCCGGAUCCGUGUCUGAGAUGCCUGCACAGAUUAGAGGCGGCGCGUAUGUAGAUGUCAGAGACGUCGCAAAGGUGCACCUUUGGGCUUUUGAGAAUUCAGAAAAGGCAAAUGGAGAGAGGUAUAUUGCCGCCACCUCCUAUAGACCGCCGCAGGGGGUUGCGGAUAUCCUGCGUUACAAGUAUAGGGGGACUAAGAUCGCAGAAAAGAUUAUUGUAGGCAAUCCUGGAGAGGGUUACAUUGGCUAUAACAAAGAGACUGGAGAGGUUUCUCAGCCCGAUUAUCUCCCAGAAUCUCCGCGACCCUCCGCGAAGAAGGCCCAGGAGUCAAUUGGGCUCACGUGGAUUCCAUUCAAACAGAGUGUCAUAGAAACCGCAGGGGUAUUAGAGGCUCUGUUGUGA